UCUGAGCUAAUGUUAAAUGGUAGUAGAAGAAGAACAAACACUUUCGUAUAUUAUUUUGUAGUUUUGAAUGUAGCAGGUAGCUUCACAGAAACAUGUCGGCUGCAGAGGACGACACCGAGUUGAGGGAUCUGCUCAUCCAGAACCUGGAGAACAGCGGAGUCCUCAACAAGCUCAAGGCGGAGAUGAGAGCUGCUGUGUUUCUGGCCAUGGAGGAGCAGGACAAAGUGGAGAACAAAACUCCUCUGAUCAAUGAAAAUAUGAAGAAGUGCCUCAGCACCAAAGACGGUCGUCUGGUGGCCAGUCUGAUCCUGGACUUCCUGCAGGUGUUUAACCUGGACUUCACCCUGGCCGUGUUUCAGCCCGAGAUCAACUCGCUGAAUGGACUGGACGGCCGGGACCAGGUCUGCAGAGAGCUGGGUCUGUCUGAGUCGGAGGUCAACAGGAACUCCCCUGUGCUGCUGGAGCUCAUCAGGAGAGGCCGACACAAUGACAAACCCACCGAGGGAGACAGAAGUGGACACAUCCGCAAGGUGGUUCAGGACUCUGACGACAGCCCCCCUCAGACUCACCCCCCUGAGGAGAAGACCAGCGCUCCCCCUGUCAGUAAGAUCCCCAGAUAUAAAGGCCAGAAUCACAGAGGACAGAGUGAGCCAGCAGCCAAGGACUCGGAGGGUGUGAUGUCUCUGGGUAAAGCAGACUUCCAGCAGCAGGUGUCCGACAAAAGGAUGACCUCCUUCGGUCUGAAGAAGGGUCAUCUGGAGCUGGAGGCAGAGUACAACCUCGAUGACGGAGAUUCGUUCUUCGACGACCCGCUGCCCAAACCACAGAAGACCUACGGCUGUGUUGUCCCCCUGAGGGAGGAGAGUCUCUCUGGGCCAGUUGUCUCCCCGAUGAGGCGAGGCAAAAGCCUCGACGACCUGUCUGUCCUGGCUGGAGACUCAGAGGGUGAGCGGGACGAGUCUGUGUCCGCACACAGCCAGAGCUCUGGGCUCAGGAACGUGGAGGCGUCCAAGACCAGAGAGAGUCCUGUAGGGUCCCUGUCCGAGGCUCUGAGACCAGGAGGAGGAGGAGGAGGAAGCAACAUAUCAGAGCAGAGCCACAGCAAGAACGGUGCCUCAGACUCCAGAGAGAAGGGACUCAGAGACUCGAAGGCCCUGAACGACAAAACCGGGUCCCUGCAUUUAGAUGACGAUGUCGAGUAUGACGACGACUUCAACAGCCACCGCUCAGAUCUGUCCAAGAGCGAGCUGAGCAUCGGGGAGGACAUCGAGGAGGUUUCCAUCGAGGGGCCCGACCACAGCGACAAGCUUGAUGAGUCCACCCAGGAUCUGAGCAUCUCGCAGCUCAGCCAGAGUCACGGCGCUGACUACAUGGAGGAGGUGGCCUGAGCUUCCCAUCAUGCACCACUCUAGGCUUUCCCAGCAUUUAUACCCUUCGUGUCACCAAUAUUUAAGUCUGUACAGUUUUGUGGAGAAAAUAAAA